ACCCCUUUGGCCCCCGGGUACAUGGCAUUGUGACACGAUGGGAACAGCCGGCAUCUCACUUCUCCUGGCUGGGAUCCUUGUGCUCGAGGCGUCCCUCGCCCAGCGAGAGGUGGAGGUCCAGCGGGGGCCUCUGUUCCGCACCGUGGGCUCCCACAUCACCAUCUGGUGCACGGUGCGCGGCUACCAGGGCCCCCCCCAGCAGCACUUCCGCUGGUCCAUCUACCUGCCUUCUGCCCCCGAGCGCGAGGUCCAGAUGGUGAGCACAGAAGACGCGUCUUUCUCCUACGCCAUCUACAGCCAGCGCGUGCGCGGCGGAGACAUCUACGUGGAGAGAGCGUCCGGAGACCGCGCCGUCCUGCACAUCCGCCAGCUGCAGGAGCGAGACUCCGGGGAGUACGAGUGCCACACUCCCAACACUGACCCCACCUACCACGGGAGCUACAGCGCCAAGGUCAACCUGACAGUGAUCCCGGACACCCUGGUGGUCUCGGCCCCCCCGCAGACGCUGCAGAAGGUGGAGGGGGGGUCUCUGCAGCUCUCCUGCGACGUGUCCCGUCAGUCCGCGCAGCACACCCACCUGUCCGUGUCGUGGUACCGGGGGGCAGGCGACCAGGCGGAGGAGGUCGUGUCCCUGGGGCGAGACUUCAUGGUGCAGCCCGGACCCGCCUACGCUCAGCGGCACGCGGGGGGCGACGUGCGGCUCGACAAGCUGGGCAACAGCACUUACCGCCUCACCCUGUACCACCUGCAGCCGUCGGACCGCGGGGACUACUACUGCCAGGGGGCCGAGUGGAUCGAGGACCCCGACGGAUCCUGGUUCGCCAUGACCCGCAAGAGGUCGGAGGGGUCAGAGGUCAGCGUCCAGAGCACAGACAGAGAGUUCACCGUGCGCCUGGACACGGAGCGGCGCUCGUACCGCGUGGGGGAGACCGCCGAGCUGCGCUGUGUGAUCGAGGCGCAGAGCCCCGCCGAGCGCAUGUUCUCCGUCUCCUGGGCCUUCAACAGCUCCCUGAUCGCCAGCCUCAGCCCCAGCGGCGUGCCUGCGCUGACCGGCGACUACGCGCUGCGGGAGGACCGCGGGGAGAUCCGCAUCGCCAAGGAGACCGACAGCGUCUUCACCCUGAAGAUCUACCGGCUGCGGCUGGACGACGGGGGCAAAUACAACUGCCGGGUGACGGAGCGCGAGAGGGGGGCGUCGGGGGAGCUGCUCGACCGCGAGAGCAAGAGGCCCAAGAACAUCCCCAUCACCGUGCUACCCCUCCGGACGUCGCUGACGGUAACCGUGACGACCGUCUCCAGCUCGGUGCUGGAAGGCGCCCCGGUGUCGCUGACCUGCGCCGUGGCCUCCCUCUCCGGCCCCCAGAGCCGCUUGUCUGCCUCCUGGUACCUGCAGGACCGGCAGGGCCGCCGGCGGGAGGUGGUCCGGCAGGACCGCGACGGGGUGACGUGGGCGAGCGAGACGUACCGUGAGAGGGCGGCCGCUGGGACGCUGCGCAUGGUGAGGACCGCCUCGGACGUGUUCACCCUGGAGCUGGAGGGCAGUCAGCGGCUGGACUCCGGGGAGUAUGAGUGCCGCGUGGCCGAGUGGGUGCCGGCCGGGGAUGGCGAGUGGCAGAUGUUGGGGGAACGAUCUGCAGAGUCCAGCGUGGAGGUCACGGCGCUUGAGACGGGUUUUGCCGUCACGGCCAUCUCCCGGACCCCCGGGGUCUCCUACUUCGACACGUUCGAGCUGCAGUGCAUCCUGAAGCCACACUACCCCCCCUGGGUGGGCGUGUCAGUGACGUGGCGCUUCCUACCGGCGGGGGCGGAGCCCCGCGACCUGGUGACCUUCAGCCGAGCCGGCGGCGUGCAGUGGGGGGAGCGCGCCGGGGGCUUCCGCGGCCGCAGCGUCCCAGAGAAGGCCGAUUCCGGACACAACGUGCGUCUGAGCGUCAGCCGUGCAGGCGAGUCCCAGGCCGGCAAGUACCAGUGCGUGGCGGAGCUGCACCGCAGGGAGCCCGACGGCAACUGGACACGCCUGGCCGACAGAGCCUCCAACCUGCUGGAGAUACGGGUCCAGCGCCCAGCGCCCCGUCUGCAGGUCGCGAAGGUGAAACGCUCCCUUAGCGUGUUGGAGGGAUCCCCCGUGACGCUGGCGUGUUCCGUGCUCUCCCAGACCGGCCCGGACUCCCGCUUCUCCGUGCUGUGGUUCGCUCAUCGGCCCCCAGGGGCCGACGGGAAGCUGCUCGUGCGUAGCGCGGCCGGGGCGGAGUAUGGAACGUACGCGGAGGAGGAGGAGCUAAAGAACCGUCUCCAGCUGGAGGUGGCCGCGUCGGGGCAAUACACGCUCACCCUGCUGGGGGCCCGGCCGGAGGACAGCGGUAACUACUACUGCCACGUUCAGGAGUGGGCGAUGGACCCCGACGGGGCCUGGUACCGCCUCUCAGAGGACGCGUCGGGGAUGACGGAGCUCCACGUCAGAAUGCCGGAUAGUAACCUGCAGCUGGACCAGACCCCGCGGAACCGGAGCGUCCCCGAGGGCCAGAGCUUCACCGUGGCGUGUCAGGUGCUGAACCGCACGCUGCCCGACUCGCGCCUGGCCGUGGAGUGGCUGUCCUGGAGGGCCGGGGCCCCGGAGAGACGCACUCUAGCCAGGCUCACCGCGGAUGGCGUCGCCCCUCCCCCGUCAGAGGAAGACGGCGUUGUCCCGGCCCCCGGCCUGCAGCUGUCCCAGCCGGCCCCCGGCUUCUUCACCUUCACCCUGCACGGGGCCACGGAGGACGACAGCGGGGCCUACAGCUGCCUGGUGCAGGAAUGGCUGCGGAACGCGGCGGGGCGCUGGUACCGACGGGCCGAGGAACGCUCUGCAGCCACGUAUAUCAGCGUGCGGCGGCCAGACCCGGCCCUGAGCCUCGACGUCUCUCCUCUUAACGUCUCCGUGGUGGACGGCGGCCAUUUUGAACUGGACUGCGUGGUGUCUUCGCGCUCCCACCCCGACUCCCAGCUGGCCGUGUCGUGGGCCCUGCAGGGGCGGGCGGGCGGCGCGGGGCCCGAGGUGCUGCUGGCGACGGACCGCGGGGGAGUGUGGUCGCCGCUGGCCCCGCGCUGGGAAGGCCGCCUGCAGCAGCUGCAGUUAUCCCCCACACUGUACCGACUGAGGGUCCCGCAGGUGGCCCCCGGGGACGCUGGCAACUACACGUGCUCCGUCCAGGAGUGGCUGCCCGGCCCCCGCGGGGAGUGGUACCUUCUCGCGCAAGAAGAAGCCCUCUUGGGCUGGGUCAGCGUGCAGAGCGAGGAGUCCUCGCUGCAGUCGGCCAUCUGCUCCAACGACGCUCUCUUCUACCUGGUCUUCUUCUACCCGUUCCCGAUCUUCGGCAUCCUCAUCAUCACCAUCCUGCUGGUUCGAUUCCGCAGCCGGCCCUCGGGCAAGACUGGCGAGGGCAAGAACGGGGUCCCCUUACUCUGGAUCAAGGAGCCGCAUCUCAACUACUCCCCUACCUGCCUGGAGCCGCCAGUGCUCAGCAUCCACCCGGGGACCAUCGACUAGGCCAGGGGCCACACGCCGGUGACGUUAUCCCCGCGCCGGCCGGUUUCAGCCGCUUUCAUAGAGGGUGGGGAGAGCUUCCGUUCUGCCCAAGAGUUACCCCGGCGAGGGUGGGAUUUAUUUGGCUUCCCGCCAAGGAUCUCGGACCCCCAGGCUGAUUAUCCCGGACCCCUCACGUGGUACCCGGAUACCCUCCGGACCCCCGACUCUGGCAGUCGGGGGAGGGAAAGGGAAUGUCUCCAAAGGAACUGACACCAGGAAUGUGCAUUUCGUCCAGUGGGGGGAACACUUGCCCCUGUAAAUACCCCGCUGGGACUUUUUUUUUUUUUUGCCCCGGGCGUGGUUACCGUGACGUUGCGGGCAUCCGGACGCUUGUUGUGUUUUGUUUUUUUGUAUAUAUUUAAUGUUUUCGUACCGAACCCGAGCUUCCCGCACCCUGGAGGCUUUUUUAUUCCUCCCCGAGUCCCCCUUUUUGCUGUGUAAAGUUUUUUGUAAAUUGUGUUUUUUUUACCCCUGAA